AUGUCCACUCAGUAUGAGAGAUCGUCGAGUGAUGUUGAGGGUUACACCCGUAUCAAGCACGAAUUUAUUCCGAUGCGGGAUGAUGUCAAACUAUGUGCUGAUCUCUUUCUCCCCUUUUCUGCUUCAAAGAACGGCGAAAAGGUCCCAGUUCUUUGCAGUCUAGGACCUUAUGGCAAAGACAUUCAUGCCUCUACCUUCGGGCUGCCUAAGACCCCUAUUUACGCAGAGAUGUAUAAGUCCAUCAGUCCCCUUGGACCAGAUGCAUGCUUCGAGCUAUGCGAGCCACUGAUCUGGUGUAAGGACUAUGGCUAUGCACUUCUCCGAGUCGAUGUGCGAGGUAUUGGUGGUAGCGAAGGCAAAUUGGAUCCCUUCGGAAUGGAACGAUCAGAGAUAAUCCAAGAUGAUGCUGAAGGCCAAGUUGAAUGGGCCGCUGCUCAGAGCUGGUCAUCUGGUAAGGUAGGGUUUUCUGGCAUCAGCUACUACGGCAUGGUAGGUUAUUGGGCUGCUAUGCAGCAGCCACCCCAUUUGACAUGUGUUGUCUCGUACGAGUCAGCGUGCAGCAUCUAUCAAGCAGCGCGUCGUGGAGGAAUCUACAGCAAUAAUUUCCAAUCCCAUUGGUUCAACAAUAUCGUCGUACCGCAUCAACAUGGAUCGCGAGAUGGGUCGCUCAGUGCUGAGCAGUUGAAGGCCAACCGAGUGGAUUAUCCUCAAUUGUUAACAACGAAUGAGUACCCGACCGAUGGUGUCUUUGGUCUUUUAGAAAGAAAACGCAAGCUCUCUGAUAUAAAGGUCCCGAUCUACCUCGCAGGUAACUGGACAGAUCCAGAAUUACACCUUCCAGGAAAUAUUCGAGCUUUCAAUGGAGUUUCUUCCGAGUAUAAGUGGCUUGAACAACACACCGGAAAUCAUCUAGGUGCAUACUUUGAGCCAAGCCAUAUUGCCUUACAGAAGAAGUUUCUAGAUUACUUCCUUUUCGACAAGAAAGAUAACGGAAUGCUUGAAGUACCUCGAAUUCGACUUCUUCAACAUCACGGUACCAGCAGUUUUUAUCGUGAAGACGAGACCUCGUUCCCUCCAGCAGAUGCACAAGACACCUCUUUCUACCUGACAACUCAAAAGCAGCUUUCGCUGAGUAAGCCUGAGGGAGAAAAGCAACCGUUUUCCUAUCAAGGCUACAAGGAAAAUAUCACCUUUGCACUUGAUGUCCCUUUUACUGAAUCGUUUGAGCUACUUGGAUCUCCAUAUCUUGAGCUUGAAGUCAGUACAGCGGCAGAAGACCUAGAUCUUUUUAUCUAUUUGCGUGCAAUUGAUGAGAACGACAAGACUAUUGUGUUACUCGGCAACCAUGGUGAGCCCAUGGAUAGCUUUUCUAGAGGCUACUUCCGGCUUUCUCACCGUGAUGAGAAUUUUGGACAGUUCGACACGCACCGAAUCCUCAUGCAACCAGUCACAGCUAGGUCUGAAGUUGUCCCAGGCCAUACGUACAAAGUGCUGGUGCCUAUUUAUCCAUCGGCGUUUCUCUUUGACAAGGGACAAAAACUUUCACUUGAGAUCGGUUCAGUUAAUACCCCGGGCACUAUCCCGCCUAUGCGUCACGAAGGAGGUGAUAGGAUAGCAAAGAGGUUUGAAGGCGAGAAUGUGAUUUACUCUCACGGACGUCUGGUAUUGCCUCGUGUCAAACGCUAG